AACUCUGUCCUUUCAAACACCUGACGAUUUAAGGAAAAUAAAGUACGAAAAGAGUCAUUCGAAACAACGGCUCAGAUAACCGUAUUACUACAGAAUCUCUCUCCCCCCUUCGAUCGAAAAGCCCUACGAGUCUGACUUCUUUGCAGUGAAGCGAACACACAGGAGCUAAAAAUGGCCGUCGCUCUGAAAUCCAGUGGCUUCCUCCACUUGAACAAUCCUCGGAACCGCGUUUUCCUUCCUCGUACUCCUUCCCAGCUUCAAACUUCUUCUUCGUAUUCUUCUUCAGUGAAGAGGUUUUCUCCAAUGGCGGCUCUCACCACCGCCCCCACCGUCGGACUCUCCGAAACCUUCACGAGGUUGAAGGAACAGGGCAAGGUGGCAUUUAUACCAUAUAUCACUGCUGGAGAUCCUGAUUUGUCCACCACGGCGCAAGCACUGAAGGUGCUCGAUUCUUGUGGAUCGGAUAUAAUUGAGUUAGGUGUCCCCUACUCUGAUCCUUUGGCAGAUGGUCCUGUUAUACAGGCUGCAGCGACGCGUUCCUUGGCAAGAGGGACCAAUUUUGAUGGAAUUAUAUCAAUGUUGAAGGAGGUGGUUCCGCAAUUAUCUUGUCCGAUUGCUUUAUUCUCGUACUACAACCCUAUUCUGAAGCGUGGUACUGAAAAGUUCAUGUCUACAAUAAAAGAUGUUGGCGUACAUGGGCUUGUGGUCCCAGAUGUUCCUUUAGAAGAAACUGAGAUUUUGAGAAAGGAAGCUGCAAAAAAGAGCAUUGAACUGGUGUUGCUUACGACACCUACUACUCCGACAGAGAGAAUGAAAGCCAUUGUGGAAGCUGCAGAAGGAUUCGUAUACCUGGUGAGUUCAGUUGGGGUUACUGGUACCCGUGAAUCUGUGAGCGGACGAGUAGAGGAUCUUUUAAGGGAAAUUAAAGAGGCAACAACUAAGCCUGUAGCCGUCGGUUUUGGCAUAUCAAAGCCUGAGCAUGCGAAACAGGUGGCCAGGUGGGGAGCUGAUGGUGUGAUCAUCGGCAGUGCCAUAGUGAAGCUGCUCGGCGAAGCCAAAUCUCCCGAGGAAGGGUUGAAGGAGCUCGAAAACUUUGUCAAAUCUUUAAAAUCUGCUCUUGUUUGAAUCAAACAGUUUGGUAGUAUGUCAAUCAAAUUCAGAAGUGAACCCAUAAAAUUUUGAACCUAUUAUGUAAUUUGGCAUUGGAAUAAAA